AUGUUGACUAGCAGUAUAAUCACAGCCAGCUACGACGGUCGUAUCCGCACAUAUGAUUUAAGAGUUGGCGAGAUGAAGGUGGAUGUCAUGGCCCAUCCUGUUACAAGCAUACAUUGCUCCGCGGAUGGGAAAGCUAUGCUUGCUUCGUGUCUUGAUGGACGAAUACGGAUGGUCGAUCGUGACGAUGGUGCGGUUCUCAAAAGUUUUGGUGAUGGGAAUCCUGAUCCGUCUGAGAAGAAUCGUGGUCCUAUAUACUUUAAUAAGGACUUACGAAUUCGGUCUACCUUUGCUAAGGGAGAUAGUGUAGUUCUGAGUGGCAGUGAGACCCCAGAAACAAGGUCCAGCGGGGACACUACCCCGGCAACAAUUUUUGCAUGGGAUGUCUUGACUGGUAACGUUAUUCGGACUGUGCCGAUGGGCACUAAUAUCAAGGUUGCCAGCUGCGUUGCAUGGAAUGAGAAGGGCUCAUGCUGGGCUGGGGGCUGUUCCGACGGUAUGUUUGGAGUGUACAAUUACUCUAUAGACGAAGUACUUUGCUAA